CCCUCCCCCUUUCCCUGACAAACCAUUCCCUUCAUUCACUCUCUGUCUCUCUCUUACAUUUUCUGUAAUAGAGCUCUUUUGGUGCCUUUGUUAUAUCUGGUUUCGCGCUGUUGUUGGGUUAGUGUUUUACAAUUGAUGGGUCUUACUUCAUUGCGUGUUUGCAUGGAUUCAUCUGAUUGGCUUCAGGGGACGAUGCACGAGGAGUCUGAAAUGGAUUCAUCGUCAUUAUCAGGGGAUAUGCUGACAUGUUCAAGGCCUUUGGUUGAAAGGAGGUUAAGACCUCAACAUGAACAAGCUCUCAAAUGUCCUAGGUGUGAGUCCACACACACAAAGUUUUGUUACUACAACAAUUACAGCUUGUCUCAGCCAAGGUACUUCUGUAAGACUUGUAGGAGGUAUUGGACCAAAGGGGGGACAUUAAGGAACAUUCCUGUUGGUGGGGGAUGUAGGAAGAACAAGAAAGUUGUUUCUAAAAAACCAAAUACCGACCAAUCAUCCAAUUCCAACAACAAUGUUGUUGGAUCGUCUAAUGCUCAUCAUCACAACCCUACUCACCUUCACCUAUCAUUCCCUGAAAUGCACCUUAAUAACAUGCUUGCUACUCAUCACGCUGCUGAUGGUAACUUCAUAGGCGGUAAUAAAUACAAUUCUCUGCUUGGGAACCCAAUGCCGAUUGAUUUCAUGGAGAGUAAGCUGGAAGCCAUAGUUGGGAGCUCGAGGAACUAUGAUUUUUUGGGGAAUGGUAAUGAAAUGGGACUGGUUGAAGGAGUUGGGGAUAUGGGGAUAGCACCCAAUCUCCAUGGUCUCUGCUCACAAUAUGGAAUGUCAACCAUUGAUGGCACUGGGGGUGGUUUCAUGAUGCUACCUUAUGAUACAAAUGAAGACCAACAACAUGCAAUCGAUGUAAAACCAAACAACAAGCUCUUGUCUCUUGAAUGGAAAGACCAAGGUUAUCCUGAUGCUGGAAAAGACAGUUACGGAUACAUGAAUAGCCUGGGAUCAUGGCCUGGUGUAAUGAAUUAUGGACCCUCCACAACAAAUCCAUUAGUGAUCUCAAACCAAUCUCUGUAACCAAUUACUAAGGCAGCUCGAUGGAUCGGCACGUCGUUUAAAAUGCCUUUGAUUGAAAGAAAGGUCUUUAAUUUAAUUUCUAUUAAAUAUUUGUUUUUUUUUGGGUGGGGGGUUAGUGGGCUGGCCUUUCAAAUUUAUAAAGUUUUAACAUAAGGAGAAUAUGUGCUGUGAAUGAGAAUGUAAUUUUAUUGAGUUCCUUAAAUGGCUACUUAGUGUUUCUUUUUUUUUUUUGUCAUUGGUGUCUUAGGCUAAAGACAUUCAAUGCUAGCUUUAGGAUUUUGUUGUUAUAUCGAGGAAGAUCUAUAGAUUGUUUUUUUCCCCUUUUUGUUUUAUGUGUGAUGAUCAAGAAUGAAAGAAUGGGAUUCGACAUGCCUAAUCAUCUUUUGAAA